GCUUCCGUCUGACUUUAUGCGGCCACCGUACGGGUUCAGAGGCCCGCUUCCGAAUUCACCCGGGAGUGGUCAGCACUGCGCGUGCCCGAGAUAGGAGAGGCAAGGGUGUGGAACCGCGGCACGCGCACAGAAGCGGGCAGCCCGGCGGGCAGUGGUUUUAAUCAGUGAUUGGAUUCAAUAUUUAGAUCUCAUGAGGUGUAAUGGUACCAUAUUCUCAGUGUGGUAUGGCAUGCAAUAUCGCCAUUCGUUUAUACCGAGGAGCCAAAGAAUGAAUUUACAUGUAGUGAGGACUUACUGCUCACCAGUACCUAAGAGGCCUGAGACUAAGACUGCAAUGGAAAUGGCCAUGAUACUUUUUCAUCGGAUGACAGAAGUAGGGAAAGUUUUUGGAAGAAACUCCCUCAAAAGAAUCUCUACAACAGUCAAAAGUUGGUGGGAUAGAUAUGAAGAGUUCGUUGGUCUUAAUGAAGUUCGAGAUGCUCAAGGAAAAGUGACAGAGGCUGAAAAAGUGUUUAUGGUAGCUCGAGGGAUCGUACGAGAAGCUCGUGAGAGCAUAGAAGCCCAUCAAAUCAAACUGAAGGAAGUUCGCGAUCGUUUGGAUCGAGUAUCCCGGGAAGACACCCAGUACUUAGAACUGGCUACCCUGGAACACAGAUUGCUGCAGCUCCACUUCUCCAUCUCUUUAUGUGGUGUGGGAAUUACAACCCUAAGAGCAUCCCAGUGCCAGAGGGGAAGGAACUCACUAGUAUCAGAUUUUUUUUUUCUCUGAAUGCCUCACAAUCGUUCAUCUGCAUUCAGCUCAGACUGGUGGUAAGAAGCCCAUUCUGAAUGAGGCAAUACUCAGUUUAGUUGUGAACAUAUAGAUGAGUAAACAUCUGUCAUCUGACAGAAAACCAGUUUUCACCUGCACUGGUGACCAAUACCUACAGACUUUUAAAGAACAUAUUUUCAGUAUGUAUACCUAACUCCUUACUUUGUAUUUGUAUAUACAUUUUGAUGACCAGAGUGACACAGCCCUCACGAUACUCUCUGGUGAACUAAAAUGUAUACAGCAGACCCAUGUGAGGCCUGUAACCCCUCUGCACCUACUUGUCAAUUGGCAUUAAGAAGUUCUUGGGUCACAGGCAGUGAUUAUAAUUACUUUAUUAGGGACUGUUUUAGUGGAAUGGAGGGGAUCUAGGAGACAGUUGUAAAAGCUGAGGCAUCAGAAAUGCAUAGUAUGCUCAAGUUUCAAGAUGAAAUCUGGUUAAAUUAGUAACUUUAUUUGGAGUUUAUAGGAUAGGCAUUAGAGCUUUAUUUAGACUUGGAAGAAUUUUAAGUGUGUGUGGGUAUAUGUGUGUGUGUGUGCGCGCACACACACAAAAGCUAUGAUUUAAAAGUUAUUUAGGUUGCAAAGUCACUGAAAUACACCUCUACCUUGAUAUAACACUGUCCUUGAGAGCCAAAAUAUCUUACCGUGUUAUAGGUGAAAUCAUGUUAUAGUGAACUUGCUUUGAUCCAUCGGAGUGCGCAGCUCUGCCUCCCAGAGCACUGCUUUACCGUGUUAUAUCCAAAUUCGUGUUAUAUCGGGUGGUGUUAUAUCGAGGUAGGAAAUGCUAUAUUUAAGUUUGUCUUUGCCAACCUAUAUGUGCCCCCUCGUGCAUAUGCACAAUGAUACAGUCUUUAGUUAUACGAUCACAUACUAUUUUCCCAUAGGACUCUUGCUUUAUUCUCUUGGGGAGAGGGAUAGCUCAGUGGUUUGAGCAUUGGCCUGCUAAACCCAGGGUUGUGAGUUCAAUCCUUGAGGGGGCCACUUAGGGAUCUGAGGCAAAAAUUCAUCCUGCUAGUGAAGGCAGGGGGCUGGACUCAAUGACCUUUCAAGAUCCCUUCCAGUUCUAGGAGAUUGGUAUAUCUCCAAUUAUUUUCUUUUAUUCAAUGCACAUCAUGGAUGGUGCUCAGGGAAUCUUCAUUCAGUGUGUGGUCCCAUACUUCACAUGUAAUCUUAAAAGAAUCUUAAGGUUGAAAAGCCAAGCACUCAAAAGUUAGGAAAUAUUAUAAUCAAGGUUACUUCUUCCCCCGUUUGCAUGUGCAUUAUGGUAGAGACUUCAGCUAUGUGAUUCUGCAUCUUGGCAGGGGGUUAGACCUGAUGAAACUUGCAGUCCCUUCUAACUCUGUGAUUUGGUGCUCACAUACAAUUUUUUCACAGGUCCACUUCUUCAUUCUAUUCUCAAAGUGGACAGUGCUCAGUUAAUGAUUCAGGAUAGUGUACUGAAUGAGACUAGCUGUUGUCUGUAGGGCCUCUGCCUCAUUUUCUGCCAAAGUUGGAAGGUGUGUAGUGAAUAAGGAAGGGGACUGUAAGAAGAAAGAAUGAUCUUGUAUCU